AUGGCGUCACCAUAUCAGCGUAAAAUCACAAUUAGCGCGGGUGAAGAAUGCACGAUAUCCGGUACCUGCACAGUUGAGCUUCAGCUGCAGUCCGGUGUUGUGGAAGUUGCGGGUGUUCUCCUCAACGCAAGGAAGCCGUGCGUGUUUCGCCUCGUAUCGGACCAGCUCUGCGUGGUGCUGUACACGCUGGAGGGCGGGUCGGUGCUGGCGUCCGCUGAUGCGCCCUUCGAGGCCUCCAAGAAGGCAACCGGCAUAGCAGCCGUGGUGCAACUUUGCCGCCGCACGUUGGCUGCACAGAAGCGCAGCAAGGUGCUGGUGAUCGGGCACAGUCACAGCGGCAAGACGCUGACGGCGCACACCAUCUGCAAUCUACUGCUUGAGAAUGCGACGGGGGAGGCGGGGGGCCCUGCAGCAGCGGUGUUCCUCACGGACCUCAACACAGAGUCCAACGCACUCUACGCACCCGGCUGCAUUACCGCCGUGGAGGUGAAACACCNGUGUUCCUCACGGACCUCAACACAGAGUCCAACGCACUCUACGCACCCGGCUGCAUUACCGCCGUGGAGGUGA